AUGACAAUCAGCAAUCACUCUUCCGCGACGUCGCUCUCCAGAUACGCCAUGGCUCGGUCGCCAGGGGACGACAUUUACAACGGGAGUACAUCUAGAGAUUUCUGCAAUUCGUUCUGGGGUCCGGAUGAAGCAGGUGUCAACAUCUUAUGUGCUCGGAUGCGGGGCGCUGAACGUACGACUGACGAGUUGUUGAAUUUCUGGAAGGAGAGGUUUGCCCUCGAGAAAGAGUACGGGAAACGGCUCAUGGAACUGUCCAAAAGAGUGGUUGGAAGGGAUGAGAUUGGCGACCUCCGUAACGUCCUCGAUACACUGAAACUCGAGACGGAGAAACAAGCAGCAGCACACAUUGAACUGGCGACAAAAAUUCAUUCCGAACUCGAGAAGUCUACUGUCCAACUCCUGAACCAGCAAAGCGACCACCGCAAGAACGUUCAGACUCCCAUGGAGAAGAGGUUCAAGCUGAAACUCAUGCAGGAGUCGUACGUGGAAAAAGCUCGGGAAAAGUACCAGAGUGAUUGUGUGCGCAUCGAUUCGUAUGCGAAGCAGAUAGACGUCAACUCCGGCAAGGACACGGAGCGGCUACAGGCUAAGCUGAAUCGAGCUAAACAGACCGUUCAGGCCAACGAGAAGGACUAUGCAGCGUUUAUGGACAAGCUGAAAGAAAUGACGGUGGCAUGGGAGUCGGAAUGGAGGGGAUUUUGUGAUGAUAGCGAAACGAUGGAGGAACAGAGAAUGGAGUUCAUGAAGGAUACGUUGUGGGCGUAUGCCAAUCUUGUCUCGACGGUCUGUGUUUCUGACGAUUUGUCAUGCGAGACUAUCCGGACCCUUCUCGACCAAUUCGAAGUUGACCGAGACAUUGAGAACUUUGUUAAUGAGUACGGGACAGGGAACAGGAUACAUGACCCACCCGCAUUCGCAUCGUCGCAGGUUGCUGGCCCCAGCGUAUCUACUCGUCUCGCCAAGUUUAAACGUAGCAAGAGGGGGGUGGUGGCAGCAUCAUCGCGCAAAGCGUCGAUGAGACAGCGUUCGACCGAACCAUCACCCCGUCCACAGGCAAUCCCGAAGCAGGAGAAUCCGGCUAUGACAAACGCCAGGCAGCCUUCGGCAUCGCUACCACUCCCUGAACAAACGUCGAACGGGACGCCAGUUCCAGAGUCAGCUCUCCCUUCGCCUCCGCCAAAUGAGGGGAUCGGGAUCUUGUUUUAUGUCAAAGCGCUUUACGACUAUACCGCGACUAUUGACGAAGAAUUCGAUUUCCAAAUGGGCGAUGUGAUUGCUGUGACGGCUACGCCAGAGGAUGGAUGGUGGAGUGGAGAACUGUUAGAUGAAGCGAGGAGGGAGGAGGGAAGAUAUAUCUUUCCUAGCAAUUUUGUCUGUUUGUUUUGA